CGAAUUUGUUUGAAAUUGUUCCAGUGCAAUUUUAUGUUAGCUGCAAAAAACAGUCUAGAAAACUCAGUCUAUGAAGCAAACUAGGCUACAAAUAGCCAGGGAAUAUAAGAAAAGAAAGCAAUCAGUAGAAACUGAAACAGAAAAGCAGACUAGAACCCGAAAAUGCCAGAAUGUGUAAAAAAAGAAAACGAGGAAGUGAAGAAAAUGAGAGUAAAAAAAAGAGACUUGAAAAUGAAGAAAACUAUAAAAUAUUAAAGCGAGCAAAGGUAUCUUGUGCUGAUGAGCAAGCAAGAGAAAAUCUAAACCAGGAAGAUUACUCAAAAAUAUUUGACAAAAAAAUGGUGGUAUUGAAGAACAAUGUUCGGCAAAAGCUAGCAUUAAUAAAUUUCAUACGUCUGUACAAUACACUAUCUAUCAGUGUACAGAAUGUAAGGAGGCAUGGCCGUUGAAGUCUAAACCUAAGUCACCUUAUGUGUGCUCACUAUACUUGAGAAAGUUUCCCAAAAAAUUUUCAUGUGAAAACUCAAUGAUACCUUCAUGUGUUCCAAAUGAACUAAAAGAUUUAAUUCAGGUUGAGGAAAUGUUAAUUGCUCGUGCUCUUCCUGUCAUGAGAGUAUAUAUUAAGCCUGGUGGUCAACGAGGUUAUUCAAGGCAUUGUAUUAACUUGCCACAAAAUGUCACAGAGCUUGAAGCAUCUUUGCCAAGAUAUCCUGAAGACUUGACAGUGAUUAAUGUCAAGGUAAAAGGUAAAGAGAAUACCUUCAAAGCUGUCAGGGUGCGAAAACAAAAAAUGCACCAUGCUUUAGUUUGGCUGAUUAAUAAUAACCCACAUUAUUCUGAGUUAUUAAUAAAUGAAGAUGCAUUAAACUCUUUACCUGAGAAUGGUGGUACCACCAGAUCUUAUGACUGGUGA